AUGACAGGUCUCGAGACAGUCGUAAACCAGACUCGUCGCCGGCGAGGAAGAGCGCGGCGUUGGCGAUGUCCAAGGCGCAGAGCGGGCGGUUUGGAAGCAGCGAGUUCUUCUUCACAAUCUCCACGACCUUCUCCGCCGUCACAGCUCCACGGCACUGGACCGGACGAGGCCAAUAACUCCAGCCUUGCACAUCGCGUAGGCGUGAGGCGAGAGGCCCCCGACUAUCCCGGCCACGCUGCCCGUGAGGAUGAUCGAGCCGGCGGCGCGAGGCUUCAUGACGCGAGCGGCGUGCUUGAGCGCCAGGAAGUGGCCCCGGAGGUUGACGUGCAUGGUGCGCUCCAGCUCGGCCACGUCCGUCUGAUCCAACGGCCCCAGCGCGCCCAGGAUGCCGGCGUUGCUGAAGACAACGUCUACGUGUCCGGCAAUGGAGUGGGCCACGUCCAAGGCGGCGGCCACGUCCGGCUCCGCGGUGACGUCGCAGUGGACGUAGCGAGCAGCGGUCGGGGAGGAGAAGUCCCGCUGGAGCUCCCGCGCGAGGUGGCUGCCGAGCUCGUCCUGGACGUCGGCUAUGACGACUUGAGCGCCGUGCGCGACGAAGUGGCGGACGGUGGCGUCGCCGAUACCGUUUGCUCCACCGGUGAUGAUUGCCACUUUGCCGAGUAA